AUGGGUCGCGAAAUAAUGUUAGUUCAUAUCGGCCAGGCCGGCGUACAAAUGGGCUCCGCUUUAUGGGAGCUCUUCUGCCUCGAACAUCAAUUAUCCCCAACUGGCCAGCACAGCAGUCAUCCGAAACCAGGCGAUGGAAGCUUCAAUGAGCUCGAGAACAUGGAUUGUCUCUUUUACGAAACCAAGCAGGCCUAUGUACCGAGGGCUAUAAUGGUAGAUCUGGAGCGAAAUGUCAUCGAAGAUUCGGCAUUGGCAGUUGGGAAUUUUGUCAGUGAGCUCGUCCAGUUUUGGUGCAACUAUUUCCUCAACCCUAUAGAUUUCUAG